AUGGCGUCGAGCUCGUCGAAACGCGACGACGACGACGACGAUGACGACGAAGCCCCCGAGCCGUUCGCGUGGGAGCGCCUCCUCGCCGGCGGCGCCGCGGGGGCGUUAUCGCGCGUCGCGACCGCCCCCAUCGACCGCGUGAAGAUCCUCUUCCAGGUGAACGCCGCGUCCUCCUCCGUCGUGUCCACGCGCAGCGCGCUCCUCGCGGGGCGCGCGAUCGUGAAGGAGGAGGGCGUCACGGCGCUAUGGCGCGGCACCGGCGCCGCGGUGACGCGCAUCCUGCCGUACAGCGCGACGACGUUCGCGGUGUUUCCAAUCUACAACGCCGCGCUCGCGCGCGCGAUGGGAGAGCCCGAGGGCGGUGGCAUCCUCACGCGGUUCGUCGCCGGCGCGCUCGCGGGGACGACGGCGACGAUCAUGACGUACCCUCUGGACCUUCUGCACGCGCGCAGCGCCGCGCACGUCACCGGGCCGGGCGCGAAGGCGGCGGCGAACGCGUGGAUGCGCGCGACGAAUCGAGCCUUGGCGGCGUCGGCGGCGUCAUCGUCAUCCGCGGCCGCAUCCGCGUCUUCCGCGGCGGCGCCGCUGGGCCUCGCCGGGAGCGUCCGGCACCUCACCGCGACGGUCAACGCGGGCGGAGUGAAAGCGCUGUACGCGGGUCUCGGGCCGACGCUCAUGGGCAUCGUGCCGUACGGCGGGAUAUCCUUCGCGACGUUCGAGACUCUCAAGGCGGCGUAUCGAAAGAAGAAGUCGUUGGCCGCCGGCGGCGGCGGCGGAUCGGCGGACCACGACUGGGACCCGGACGAGAUGCCGGUGCUUCACAAGCUCGCCGCGGGCGCGGUCGCGGGGCUCAUCGCGCAGACGGCGACGUACCCGCUGCAUAUCGUCCGGCGACGCAUGCAAGUCCACGGCGCCGGCGCGUACCCGAGCGUCGUCGAGGGCCUCAGAGAGAUUUACGUCAGAGAGGGCGUCGCGAACGGGCUGUUCAAGGGCGUGGGGCUGACGUGGGUGAAAGGCCCGGUCGCGGCCGCGAUCGGGUUCACCGCGAACGACGUCUUGAAGCUCGCGGUGCCCGCGGCGAGGAAGACGUUGAUCGCGGGCGCGAAAGACGCGCCGACGCCGACGCCGGCGACGUACAUCGAGUCCAAGUCGGCGACGGCGGUGGAGAGUCUCAUCGCGGGCGGGACCGCGGGCGCGAUCGCGAAGAGCGUCAUCGCGCCCGCGGAUAGGGUCAAGAUCAUGUAUCAAGUCGACCCGAACCGGCCGUUCUCGCUGAGCGCCGCGGUGAAGACCGCGAAGGACAUCGUCCGAACGGAGGGCGUCCUGGGUUUGUGGCGCGGGAACGGCGUGAUGAUGGCGAGAGUGAUUCCGUACGCCGGCGUGAGCUUCCUGACGUUCCCGAAGUACGAGGCCGCGGUGAAGGCCGCGCUCGGGAAGAUAUUCGGCGAGCCGGACGGCGGCGGCGACGCGGAGAGCGGGAGCCGGAUCGCGAUUCGAUUCGUCGCGGGCAGCGCCGCGGGCGCGACGGCGACGACGAUGACGUACCCGUUGGAUUUACUUCGCGCGCGGUACGCGGCGCACGGGACGGGAACGACGGCGGCGGUCGCGGUCGCGGCGACCGCGACCGGCGGGGCCGCGAGCGGGAAGUCCGCGGCGGCGGCGGCGGCGCGGGCGCGCGUCGCGAGCGUCGUCGGUCAGGGCGCGGGCGCGGGCGCGGCGGCGGCGGCGACGACGGCGACGAGGGCGCCGGUGUUUAACAUCUUCCGCGACGUCUCGCGCGUCGUCGCCGCAGAGGGCGUCCGCGGUCUGUACGGCGGGAUAACCCCCACGCUGCUCGGGAUCGUGCCGUACGCCGGGAUCUCGUUCGCGACGUUCGAGACGCUGAAAGGGCGGUACUUGGAUCGCGAGCGCGCCAAGGCGGCGGCGCGCGGCGAGGCGUUCGACGAGACGAAUCCGACGAUGCAGAUGCCCGUCGCCACGCGGCUGCUCUUCGGCGGCGUCGCGGGACUCUUCGCGCAGUCGGUGACGUACCCGCUGGACAUCGUGCGGCGGCGCAUACAAGUCAUGGGGAGGGCUGGGAUGGGGAACGCGUCGCUGUGGGGGACCAUCGUGGACAUCGCGAAGACGGAGGGGUUCAGAGGCGGGUUGUACAAGGGCGUCUCGAUGAACUGGAUCAAAGGGCCGCUGUCCGUCGCGGUGUCGUUUUACAUCAACGACUCCGUGAAGGCGUUCUUUCGCGAUCUGCACGAGAAGCAUUAUUUGUGA